AUGAUUCGUUUCUUCUUAGUCUUCAACAGACAGGGUGCGGUUCGUCUUGUAAAAUGGUACACACCAUACUCAACCGCAGAAAAGGAAAAGCUUAAAACUGAUAUCCAUCGUCUUGUUUGCCGCCGUGCUUCAAAUCUAACAAACGUCCUCGAAUAUAAGAACUAUAAAAUCAUCUAUCGUCCAUACGCUGCUCUUUUCAUGUGUAUGUGCGUUGAUGCAAACGAUAAUGAAUUUGCUAUCCUCGAAACAAUCCAUCUUUUCGUUGAAGUUAUGGAUCAGUACUUCGGAAAGGUUCGUGAAUUGGACUUAUUGCUGCAAUUCCAUAAAGUUUACGCAAUUCUUGAUGAAUUUAUUGUCGCAGGCGAAGUCGGUGAGUGCAACAAGCAAAUUAUUGUUGACCGCAUGAAGAUGCUUGAUGAUCUUAGUUAA